UACUCUGCACAAGAACAAGGCUGGAGAUACUUCAACUCCAGUCUUUACUACAUCUCUACUGAGAAGAAGAGCUGGAGUGAGAGCAGACAGUUCUGCAGAGAGAGAGGAGCAGACCUGCUGAUCAUAAACAGCAGAGAAGAACAGGAGUUCAUCAGUAAAGAAUUUGGCAGCACUGAAGCUUGGAUUGGUCUGACAGACAGUGACACAGGGGAGGUCUGGAAAUGGGUGGACAACUCAGCUUUGACCACUGCUUUCUGGUUGAAGGGGGAGCCCAAUGAUUUUGGAGGAAAGGAGGACUGUGCUGUAACUGGCUAUAAAGGUGCUGGUCAUCAAUGUGUUUAUUGA